AUAGAUAGAUAGCUGUAGCGUGAUUAGCGACGUAAGGGCAACUGUAGCUACACGGACUAAAUUUAACUGCGCACAGUGGGCGGGUCUUAGCUCAGAUUGACGGGUCGCGAACAAAUGGGAUUUCAGAACUCGCCGCUGUUUUGGGAAACGUUAACCAAUCACAAUCAGCAGGGGGAGCAACAGACUCAUCGUGGUCAAUGCAAACGGUUGAAGAGUGAAGAUGUAGAGGCAUGAGUUCGUAGACGAGGCUUUCACAGAGAACAAAACAAUUCACGGAUAAUUAAUUGUCUUCAUUUAGCAACUGAAUUAAUGUUCGCUGGUUAUCCCGACCGUAAGCUCACAGGCGGAAAACUUAACAUAAUGACUGUCAAGGACAGAGCAUGUUUUGCAGCGUCAGUCUCUAAAAUCAGCCACACGUGUAACGUUUGUUAGUGUCCUCUAAUUAUGCUUCCAUUCACCUGUCGUGGGAUAUGGAGAGCUGCCGUCCACACACUUAGGACAAGAGGAAUGCCACCCUGCAGACUCCUGUCCACCUGUGAUGGAGUCCCACCUGGCCUGGCUGAUGCUGAGACCAUCUUUGCACUGUCAUCGGGUCAUGGCAGGUGUGGGGUGGCAGUGAUACGAGUCAGCGGUCCAGCAUCGGCUACAGCACUGAGGUGUAUGGCAGGGCUCACACGCAGCCUCCCUCCUCCACGCACUGCCCUGUUACGCAGCAUCACAGACUCCCAAGCAAAAGAAGUGCUGGACCGCGGGCUUGUCCUCUGGUUCCCGGCUCCUCACAGUUUCACAGGAGAGGACAGUGUGGAGUUCCACAUCCAUGGUGGUCCUGCUGUCGUUACUGCUGUCUUACAGGCUCUAGGAAGUGUGCCUGGCAUGAGGCCUGCCGAAGCUGGAGAGUUCACACGGAGGGCCUUUCAAGCAGGGAAACUGGGUUUAACAGAGGUGGAAGGACUCGGAGAUCUGAUCCACGCUGAGACAGAGGCCCAGAGGAGACAGGCUCUCAGACAGAUGUCAGGAGAACUGGGACGCCUCUAUCAGGACUGGAGCCAUAGACUGAAACGGUGUCUGGCUCAUGUUGAGGCUUUCAUCGACUUCAGUGAGGAUGAGCUCAUUGAGGAUGGCGUCUUAAAUCAAGUUGACAGAUCGGUGUGCACUUUACAAGCGGAGAUGGUGAGACACCUAAAGGAUGAGAGGAGGGGCGAGCGGCUGCGCAGCGGAGUUCAGGUGGUCAUCGCAGGAGCUACUAAUGCAGGGAAAAGUAGCCUACUUAACACGCUCUGCCAGAGACCUGCUGCCAUUGUGUCCCCCAUUGCUGGGACCACCAGGGACGUAGUGGAGACGGCACUGGACAUCGGUGGCUUCCCUGUCCUCUUAAGUGACACAGCCGGCCUCAGAGAUAGCCUGGACCUGGUGGAGAGAGAGGGGGUCCGCAGAGCUCGGGAAAGGGUGGAGCAGGCAGAUCUGACUUUGGUUGUUGUGGACUGUGCUUACCUCCCUACUGAUGUUCAGCAGGCUGCAGCCUUCCUUCAGGGACACCUAAAGAGUGUUCUGCAAACCCAGGAGCAGCCUGAGACAGCACUUCCUGCAGACAGGUAUCUCCUGGUGCUGAAUAAGACUGACUUGGUGCCUGAAGAUCAGAGACAGAAGCUGGACAGGGAGUUGAGACAGGUCUCUGGGCUUCCUCCUGUCUGUCUGAUCUCCUGUCACACUAAUGAAGGACUGCAGGACUUCCUCACAGUGCUGCACAGCAAUGUCAAAACUCUGUGUGGCGACCCUCUGUCUGGUGCCCCCACCCUGACCCAGGCCCGCCACAGGGCCCACCUGCAGCAGUGUGUGGCAGCCCUGGCUCAGUACCAGCGCUACCGCGAUGCCGAUCUCGCUCUGGCAGCCGAGGGCGUCCGCUUGGCUCUCACCAGCCUGGGCCGGAUCACUGGACGGGUCGGGGCAGAGGAGAUCCUGGAUAUCAUCUUCAAAGACUUCUGCAUUGGAAAAUAGUCAGAUAAAUGGGAGUGAAAACAUGAAAUCCAUGUGUUAAUAGCCCACUCGGAGAGGAAAGCCAUGUUCUUGUGUCGUCCCAGAGUAUCAGUAAAGACACAGGACAAAAGAGCACAGCCUCGGCACUGUGCCAGGCUUCUAGGUACAGCCAGAGUGAAAAUAAUAAAAUCCAUGUUCUUGGCUGCAGAAUGUCUUCACUCCCAAGACACAAACAUGUUUGUUUUCUGUUGAUGCUUUUUAACAGACUGAAAGAGUUUCAGCGUGAUGACAGGUGUCUCAGAGGUCUCAUAUGCUAGACAAGUGUUCGGAAAGUCUUGAGUCGUAAUUUAAAAAUAGAGCUCAAAACCCUUUGAUAGGUGAAUAUUAGUCUCUUGGGUCGCAACAUAACAGCCAAGAUAAUCUAAAAUAAAGCCAGCUGCAGACCUCUGCAAGGCCAUGUACUCAAAGUUUGGAUGUUUACUUGUACUGCAAGACAAUGAGGAAUUUGUUUUAGGGAGCAGCUAUCAUUUCAGCCGUACCCGUUUGUGUGUGUUUCCACAUGUGAUGUGAUGAUCAACACAGUGACACCAGAAACUUGUUGCGAUAACUCAAGAUCCUUGAAUGGUUUUAAUUGUAUUACUUUAAAUGUUUGGACAGUUGUUUUAUGCAUAAUUAAUAAAUGUCACAUUUGGCGUUGUGUUUCAGACCAUCAGACAAAUUUAGGCCAGAAAUGUGUUUUUUCCCAUAAACCUAAAAUAUUACACAUUCUUACUUACUACAUUCUAAGAUUUAAUUGUUUAGGUCUGUUUUUUUUGCUAUGCAGUAGCUGUUGCCACAUAAGGUGCAGUCUUGUGUGGCAAAAGUCAGAUCGACCCAGGUCCCCUCUCUGCUCUGUGGGAAAAGUAUGCUUUUGGAGGCAAUGCUGUCUGUGUCCUUUGUUCUCCUGUCAAUCUGGCCAAGAUCAAAUAUUUAUGUUUCCUUGUUGAACUCCUCACCCUUCUUCCCCAGUUGGUUUUCUUGCCUUCCAGUCUCUGACGACAUUUGCCCAGCUGUACACCAGCAUAACUGCCCAUCUCCCUGCCUUUUUGUCUCUGUCCGCUCUGUCUCUGCUAACUGACCUUUCCUCUUUCCACGCUGCUUCUGUAAGCCUUUUUGUCCUCUUUCAUGUUCUUCUCUGAUUAAUUACUACAUGAGGAGGGAGGGUUCCAGCUAAAUGUGGCACUUGCUGUCAUACAAAUUAGAGGCAGUAAAUUUUGGGGGCCUGCCUCAUGUUUGAAGUGGUGCCUAUGCUUGUGUGGUUAAUAUCCUGUGGCUUGAGAUGUUUACCACAAAUGAAAAUCAGUUGGACACUAACAAUCACUAACAGUAUAACAAUAUACUUUUUAGAACCUUACUUUCAGAGAUGUAAUAUGUUUUCACCAAAUAUCUCAGCAACUAUUGGAUGGAUUGUCAUGGAAUUUUGCACAGACGUUCAUGUUCUCUUAAGGAUGAAUUUAUUUAACUCUGGUGUUCCCUCUACUUUUGGUCUUGCACCAGGGCAAAAUUUUAAACUACCUACUACCUAUGUGUUUUCCUUAGCAAUAACUUAUAGCUGUCAUUACUGCUGUUCCACAGGGAUUGAAGCCAUUAUUUUUCUAAUCUUGAUAAUCUGUGUCAACACAUUAACUAAGGUUGUAAGGACUAUGGUAGUCUGUAGUACUUGUUGAUUUUCUAUAUGACAAAUUUGUAAUUUUUAUUAUUUUGGGAUACUGUGAUUUUGAUAUACUGCUACAAUUGUUGCCUUAUCUAUUGUACCUUGUUUUAAGCCAGAUGAGUUGGCAGUUACACUUAGUAUCAGUAAUGCCUCUGAAGUUGUUUUUCUGUUCCUGUGCAGAUGACCAUCUCCACAUAAAACAGCUGACAGGAAGCAUACAAGAACUGUUAAUUAAAUAAAAAAGUCAGACUCUUCA